GUCAUCUUAGCCGUGAAUUCAGAGAAGAGGGAAUCGGAUUGAGACGCAGCAGGUUGGGGUUUUGCAUCGGAGUCUGAUGACAUGGUGGGCGAGGUGAGAGAUGCAAUGUUUAAGCAGGAUUCGUUUGAGCAAAAUGAGCACUGCAGCUGCACCGAUAAUCCCAAAAUUCAUUUCUGUGGAAGGGGUUGAUAUUAAUUCAAGAAGUAUCCCUGAUGGCUUCAGAUUCAGUCUUGUCUCUUAUAACAUUUUGGCACAGGUUUAUGUGAAGAGUUCUCUGUUUCCGCACUCUCCAUCCCCUUGUCUCAAGUGGAAAGCUCGUUCCCAGGCCAUUUUGACCGUUCUGAGGAACCUUGGGGCUGACUUCCUCUGCCUGCAGGAAGUAGAUGAGUAUGAUAGCUUCUAUAAAGGAAAUAUGGACAGCAAUGGCUAUUCAAGUAUCUAUGUUCAGAGAAGUGGGCAGAAACAUGAUGGUUGUGGGAUUUUCUAUAAGCACAAUAGUGCAGAGCUGGUCCUUGAGGAGAAAAUAGAAUACAAUGAUCUUGUAGACUUGAAUGAUGAUGGUUCAUAUAGCAAUGAUAGGCAUUGUGAUACACCAGCAAGUGCAAAUAGUGAUGCUGAACCAAAAAAAGGUUCAUCACCACAGAACACUACAGAGGAGCGAGGGGAUCCUAAUGAUCCUCGUGUGAGAUUGAAGCGUGAUUGUGUUGGAAUCAUGGCUGCAUUCAGGCUUAAAGAUCCUUCUCAUCAUCUUGUUAUUGUGGCAAACACUCACCUUUAUUGGGAUCCAGAAUGGGCUGAUGUCAAGCUUGCGCAAGCUAAAUAUCUUCUGUCACGCUUAGCUCAAUUUAAAACAGCAGUGUCAGACAAAUUUGAAUGUACGCCUUCUGUACUCGUAGCUGGUGAUUUCAAUUCAAUCCCAGGGGAUAAGGUCUACCAGUACCUUGUUUCAGGCAACUCGUCAGUGCCACAGCUGGAAUGUUUGGACGGGCUUCCUAUUCCCUUAUGCAGCGUAUACGAUUUCACAAGAGGAGAACCACCAUUCACAAACUGCACUCCUGACUUCACCAAUACUCUUGAUUAUAUAUUCUUUUCCCCUUCUGGCCACAUCAAACCAGUCAGCUUCCUUGAACUCCCGGAACCAGAUUCUUCUGAUGUGGCCGGUGGACUACCAAACCACCACCACCCAAGUGAUCAUCUACCAAUUGGUGCUGAAUUCAAAGUUACCGGGGAAUAGAAUCUCUACUUUGGUAAGUCACACUUACAUUCUCUAAAAGCUUCUACUUGUUCCUCUUUUUCUGAUAGCAAGAGAUGACAAUGGUAGCCCAGAAACUGAGACACAGAAAAACAUAGUGUUAUCAGGUUGACAUUUUUGCUAGAUAUUUCAUUCAUUUAUUCGUUACAGUGAUGUACUACAUUAUUUUGAACAAAAUGUAUGGAACAAAUAAGAUUUUCAAGCUGAAAAAUUUGGAUUUUGUGGUUU